AUGUCAAACUCAGCUGUAAACUUGUUCAUUGGGUACACAUAGUAUAUAUUCACAAUACACAAUUUUGAUUCCUUUUUAAUCCCAAAUAAAACUGAUUGUUGCUAUAGUUAGUGGACCGUCACGAUGGAAGAAUACUUAUCGACGACUGUUUCAAAUCUGAAAUCAGAAAACUAUGCCGCCCUAAGCCUAGUCAUAGGCAACGAGAGUUGCGACCUAGACUCAGCGGUGUCCGCUCUAGUCUAUGCCAGUUUUUUGAGCUGGCGACACAGCCAGAUCAAAUGUACCGUGUGUACACGACCUACUCCGGGGGCUAAAGACUUGUUGUGUGCGCCGGUCCUUAAUGUGGAUAGGGAAGAUUUUGAGCUUAAAACUGAGGUGGAGUUUUGUUUGAGGGAGAGUGGGGUUAGUAAGGAAAUGUUGGUAUUUAGAAAUGACUACGAUCUCCAAGAAUUAAUUACGAAAACGAAGACCAAUGUGGUGUUAGUAGAUCAUCAUACUCUAGCAAUCAAGGACAAGUUCCUGGCUCCUUAUGUGACCGAGAUCAUAGACCAUAGACCCAUAGAUAAAACGGAGUGGACCUACAGAGAUGAUACAAGGUCUACUAUAGAAACAGUGGGAUCGUGCUGCACGUUGGUAGCUCAAAGAAUCAUAGACAUGUCAGCGGUGAUGGCAAAAAAGAUCGAAUUCUUCGAAACACAUCCACUAUGCACACAGCUGCUCCACUCCACCAUCAUCCUAGACACGGUGAACUUUUCCAAAGAAGUGAAGAAGGGAACGCCACAUGACGUGGAAAUAGUGACAUUCCUGGAAGGGGUUUUGAAAUUAGACAACCCAGAGUCUGUGAGAGAAAGCGAACUAGCACGUUUGCUAGAGGCCCGGACCAACGUCUCCCGUCUUACAGCAGCCCAGCUCCUCAAGAAAGACGUCAAGAUUGUCAAAGAAGUGUACGUGCCUAGUUUCCCAAUAUUGGUAGAGGAAUUCUUGUCCAAACCCGGAGCCCUACAGGCCGUCUCCGAAGCCCUUAAAUCAAGUGGGUGCUCCCUGGCGCUCUUACUUGGGAUGAGUCUACAGAAUGGAUUGAAACGAGACACCGCUAUAUGUGGAAAUGAGCCUGCAAAGCUUGCCCAAUUUCUUCAAGAUUGGAGCGCACCAUCUCUACAACUCACUCCAACAGACCUUCAGUACCCGAACACAUAUUACUUCAAACAAAUGUACCUAGGUGCAUCUAGAAAACAGUAUAUUCCUGCUGUAAACGCGUUCUUACAAAAUUAAUUUAAAUUUUAGUAACCGAAUUGUCCGCUAGAUGUCUCUGAAUCGAGCUAUUAAGAUUUUUCGGUGUAUUCCCAUUUGUCACCGUCGGGAACAGACGGGAAUAGGCGCUGCAUAUAAAUCAUUCAAAUGUGUCCCCUCAUACCUCAUGUAUGGCAGUGGUCAAGUGGAGCGGGUACAAAUGGGAAUACACCGAUUUUUCUCUUAAUAAGAUUUUAAACAUACACUGAAAUAAGAAGAUUUUGUACUGGUGUUGCAAAUAACUUGGUUUUUCUAGUUUUAGAAAUAAACAUUCAAAUACAUAAAUAUUCAUUUAUUAAAUUCAUAAAGCCAACGCGA